GUUGCACAGGGAGUCUCCUCUGCUCUGCAGAACAUAAACCGUAAACAUUCACACGAAAGACCGAUUGUCUGCGUUUAUGGAUGGACGAGAAUACAGAUUAUAAACCUUAUAAACCCUACAGCGGGCCAGUCUGGUACACGGGGAUGAUUUAGAGAGGCGUGUACUGGGAACAAGCUGUUCCAUUGGUGGGUGACUGUUCAAGAAGGAGAGAAAGAGGAAAAAUCUGUGAACCCCGAACUGGAGGUAUAUCUAGUUGGACAUGGCACACCUUCAUAACAUGCGGAACCAGAAUCCGCGUUUGAAUCCUGAGGAAUACUUCACCAAAUUGGAGCGAAUUGGUAAAGGCUCUUUUGGAGAGGUCUACAAGGGAAUAAACAACCGCACAAAAGAGGUGGUGGCCAUUAAGAUUAUUGACUUGGAAGAGGCAGAGGAUGAGAUUGAAGACAUCCAGCAGGAGAUCACAGUACUCAGCCAGUGUGACAGCCCUUAUGUCACCAAAUACUACGGCUCCUAUCUGACGGGCUCCAAACUAUGGAUCAUCAUGGAAUAUUUGGGAGGUGGAUCGGCGCUGGACCUGUUGAGGCCGGGACCUCUGGAAGAGGCAUAUAUCGCCACCAUCAUCAGAGAAAUACUGAAAGGACUUGACUACCUCCACUCAGAGAGGAAGAUUCACAGAGAUAUCAAAGCGGCCAAUGUGUUACUGUCUGAACAUGGAGAAGUCAAACUGGCAGACUUUGGAGUGGCCGGCCAGUUAACGGACACACAAAUUAAGAGAAACACAUUUGUAGGAACUCCAUUUUGGAUGGCACCAGAGGUUAUCAAACAGUCUGCGUAUGACUUCAAGGCCGACAUCUGGUCAUUGGGUAUCACAGCCAUUGAGCUGGCUAAAGGAGAGCCACCGAACUCAGAACUUCACCCCAUGAGAGUCCUGUUCCUCAUCCCUAAAAGUAACCCGCCCACACUGGACGGGUCCUACAGCAGAGCCUUUAAGGACUUUGUUGAAUCUUGCCUCAAUAAAGAGCCACGAUUUAGACCAACAGCCAAAGAGCUGCUGAAACACAAGUUCAUCACCCGCUACACCAAGAAAACCUCAUACCUGGCAGAGCUCAUUGAUCGAUACCGCCGCUGGAAGUCAGAGGGACACGGGGACGAAUCGAGCUCUGACGACUCUGACAUGGACGGGGAGGGGGAUGACAGGGACCAGUGUCCCAUGUGGACUUUCCCCACCGUGCGGCCCAGUUCCAUUAACAAGUUACAGAGAGACCUCAAUCAUUUAGACAAUAAGACAUCAGACGCUAUGAAGAGGCAGCCGAAGUCACCGUCUCUGACUACAUUCAUCUCACCCAUCUUCAGAGAGCUGAAGGAGAAGCGGCGUGUUAGCGGGAACGGCGUAUGCGCCUUGGAAGAGCUGGAAAACGCCUUCAGCCUCGCUGAGGAGUCCAGCCCUGGAAUCUCUGACCGUUUACUCAAUCACGUCAUGGAGAGAGUGUGCAGUUUUUCAGGUCAUGCAGACUCUUUGCUAUAAGAUUUUGUACUGCACUGUGGCACUUGCAUGCAGCACUGAAUCAUCCGCAGGAGUGAACUUUGAGACUUCCUGUGUCUCAACCCUGCAGGUUCACACUCAACGGAAACCGCAUGCCUUCGAAACGAUGAGGUCCAUCGGACUGCUGGCCAGCUCCACGGAAAGACUAUCCUGAUGGCUCACCUGCUCCUGCUGCUGAAGACCACCAGGCUUUCCAUCACUGCUUGUAUGAGGAGAUGUUUUUACGGUUUCCUUUAUAGAAUUUUGAAAUGUCUAAAUUAAAUGUAAAAUAUGAAAUGACAAGUCAAGUUAAUGUGCGUUCCAUUCAAUGACAAAGUACAUUUAACUAUAAAUAUACUAGUGUAAGAAGAAAA